UUCGACAUGUUGGGAUAUUUAGACACUAGUCUAGACUUCGUCUUACUGUUUGAAAUAUAUUUUAUCAGAUAAACUGUUCGAUGAGAUGGAUUUUAAGAUGAAUUGUUCAUUCAAAAUACAUUCAGUUAUCUUUUUUAUCUUGAUAAAAUCCGAGUCCUGCGUCUCUGGUGCGAGUUGUGUCGCCAAUUGCGCCUCAUGUCCAAAGUCACCUGUAUGCUUAUCAUGUGACUCGGGAUACUACUUACGGUCAGCUGAUGAAUGUAGAGCGUGCACGUACGUAGGAACGAACUGUGUAACAUGCAGUAAUGAAACGCAUUGUAACGAAUGUAGGCCAGGGUUCUGGGGCACCACUUGUCGAUCUUUCUGUUUUGACGGUUGUAUCACAGAAACCUGUAACUCGUUUGAUGGAACGUGUACUUGUAAACAAGGUUUUCAUGGACCUACAUGCCAAUACCAGUGCUCGGAAAAUUGCCUAACUGCCACGUGUGGAGUAAACGGUGAAUGUGAGUGCAAAGACGGAUAUUAUGGAAAUCAGUGUAAUGGAGUCUGUUAUUCUGGUUGUGAGAAAUGCUCUAAUGGCUCAUCUUGUUCUGUUUGCCCAACUGGAGAGUACGGACAACUGUGUAGUAUUCCGUGUGAAUGCAAUGACAGAUGCGAUAUACUCACUGGUAAUUGUCUACAUGUGACAUGUCCUGAAACGUGCGCAUCAUGUAGGGAAAGUGAUCAGUGCAACGGGUGUACUGUCGGUUGGUUUGGUGCACGAUGUAACAACACUUGUUCAGAUAAAUGUAAAGGGGGCUGUGAGCAAUACUCCGGACAUUGCAAUGCAUGCUAUAUUGGCUCCUUUGGAACAAACUGUGAUAUGGUAUGCUCUAAAUGUCGUGGUGAUAACUGCAGUCAAGAGGGGGAGUGUACUCCGUGUUUUGAUCGAAAGUAUGGAUCAUUUUGUAACAAAACAUGCUCAGAAGACUGUGUUAGAAGUAAAUGUAACCAGCUAGAUGGGUCAUGUCAACACCAGGUCCAAUGUCCUGUGAGGUGUGUCAGUUGUAUGGACAACGUAACUUGCACUGAAUGCGAUGUUUAUUAUUACGGUUUUCUUUGUUCGUCAAUUUGUAGCAGUAGGUGCAAAGGUGGCCGUUGUGAUAUAGAAUCUGGUCGUUGUGAAAAUUGCGAGUCAUCAUAUUAUGGGGUAUUUUGCGAAAACCACUGUAGCCUUACGUGUGCCUCUGCUGGUUGUGAAAGGCAAACUGGUACUUGUUUUGGGUGUAAAGAACUAUCAGUUCAUGGCCCGUUUUGUAAUAUAACUUGCAGUAAUAACUGUACAGAUCUGCAAUGUUCACAAGAAAACGGUUAUUGCUCAAAUGGAUGUAUCCCUAACCAUUAUGGUUCAAUGUGUGACAGCAUCUGCCCCGAGAACUGUGCAAAUACUACAACGGACUCAAAAUGUGACUCUUCUGGUAAUUGUUUAAGUGGGUGUUUUGAUGGUUUCAUAGGCGAUACGUGUAGGAAAGUGGAAAAUACUGAUACGGACUACACAAGCAAUAAUGGACAAAUGUCGGGUACUCCGGCAACUGCUAUUGGAGGAGCUGUCACAGGCUUGGUGGUAUUGGGUGUUGUCGUCGUUCUGGUUGUUGUCGUUAUUUUAAAAAGAAGAAAAAGGAGGCAGAAGACAUACGAAGACAUGUUACAAAAGAGAAGCAGCCAAGAUACACCGUAUUCAACAUUGGUACUAGCAAACACGACCGAGUAUGAAAUACCCGAUUCCGAGCCACGGUCUGGGUUGAGCAUGGAAAGUAAAGACACUGGAGAAUACUACAAUAAUGAAAAUGUCUACUACAAGAAUGUUGGUGGAAAUGUUCACAAGAAAUGAGUAUCUACAUCAAACAAUUUGAAGAUAGUGGCUUUGUUUAUUGAUCUUUGAGUUGUCAGAGCUAUAUAAUUUCACACAAUUAAAUAUAUCAGUAUAUGUGUUGGAUAGUUAAAGUUACAUCCAUUCACAUUCACAUACACUAAGUAUGAAAACGUUUAACAAUAAAAUUGUCUUGUAUUGCUUUAAAUAAUAUAAGAAACGACAGACAUCAAACUUGUCGCCUGCGUCUAAAAGACAGUGCGAUAGUUCGUUAUUGCUAAACAGUGGACAGAAAAGUUAUAUGUUAAGCAUCCUAGAAUUACUGUAUUAUUUUACACAAACGCGUAUUAAUACAGAACUACUGAUGCAAAUGAAGUCCGUUUUUGUUGUUCCUUUCGUGAGUGCCCAUAUAUGAUGUUAUCUAUUUACGUUUUCGUUAAUAAUGACAUGCUGUGAUGGAAGCCGUUGAAUUGCUUUCAAAUACUGUAACCCAUUUGCAUGCUCAUGAAUGAUGUAAGCGGUUAAUAUGCUCCUAGAUUAUUUGUCCCUUUAGAUGAUUCUAAAUGCAGUAGGCCAUGUGCAUGCUCAUGUAUGUUGUAAUCCAUUUACGUGCUAAUAAAUGAUGU